AAAGCCUUCGAUUAGCUAUUCCCCUUUUCAUACAUAGCAGAAAAAUGUCAGCUCAACCCUUGGCCCUUCCCUCCGCACCUCAAAAUACAACCUGCAAAAAUGUCCAUCGAUCCACGUCUAGUUAUCACCCUAGCCUUUGGAAGGAUUAUUUCCUCCGACAUUCUUCCAAUUCCACGAAUAUCGAACCUAGAACCCAAGAAGAACAUGAAAAGCUGAAACAACAAGUAAGGAGGAUGUUGACUGAUGCUACCACCAUUGAUCCUUCAAAGAAAUUGCAUUUAAUAGAUGCGGCUCAACGGUUAGGCAUUGCUUACCAUUUUGAGAUAGAAAUCGACCAUGCCUUAGAGAAGAUACAUCUUGGUGGUGUUGAUCAUGUUAAAACUGAUCUUCAGACGAUUGCUGUUUGGUUUCGAUUACUUAGACAACAAGGAAUUAAAGUUCCAUCUGAGAUAUUUAAGAAAUUCAUGGAUGUGAAGGGAAAAUUCAAGGAAGAUUUAGUAAAUGAUGUGCUUGGAAUGUUGAAUCUAUAUGAGGCUGCACAUCUUCGCCUUCGUGGAGAAGACAUCCUGGAUGAAGCUCUUGCUUUUACUACCUCUUGCCUUGAAUCAAUGGCAACAAAAGUAAGCCCUUUGCUUGCAGAACAAAUAGCCCAUGCCUUGAACCGCCCCAUUCGAAAAGGUUUGCCAAGGAUUGAAGCGAGGCAUUACAUCUCUUUGUACUCUAGAGACAACAAUUUUGUUUCCUCUAAUGCAGCACUACUUAAAUUUGCAAAGAUAGAUUACAACAUGGUCCAAGCAUUUCAUCUAGAAGAGCUAAAAGGAAUUGUUGAGUGGUGGGAAAAACUAGAUGUUGCAACAAAGCUGCCCUAUGCAAGGGACAGAAUUGUGGAGUGCUUUUUUUGGAUAAUGGGAGCUUACUUUGAACCCAAAUACUCUUUAGCAAGGACAUUUCUAACUAAAAUAAUAGCCAUGACAUCCAUCUUGGAUGAUACAUAUGAUAACUAUGGGACAUAUGAAGAACUUGAGGUCUUGACCAAGUGUAUUGAAAGGUGGGACAUUAGUGUCAUAGAUCAACUUCCAGAAUAUAUGAAAUUGGUUUAUCAGUCACUGUUAGAUGUUUAUGGUGAAAUGGAAGCAGAGGUUACAAAAGAAGGAAGAUCAUAUGCUGUGGAUUAUGGGAAAGAAUCGAUGAAGAAAAUAGUGAAAGCUUACUUUGAGGAAGCCAAGUGGUGCAAAGAGGGAUAUGUUCCACCUAUGGAUGAGUAUAUGCAGGUUGCCCUCAUUUCCUCUGCUUAUCCAAUGCUCAUAACAAAUUCCUUUGUUGGAAUGGGAGAAGUCGCAACCAAGGACGCCUUUGAUUGGAUCUCUAAUAACCCUAAAAUGCUUAAAGCUUCAACAAUUAUUUGCAGAUUCAUGGAUGAUAUUACAUCACAUGAGCUUGAGCAAUCACGAGAUCAUGUUGCGUCAAUUAUUGAAUGCUAUAUGAAGCAAUAUGGUCUUUCAAUGGAAGAUAUUAUGAAGUUGUUUCGGGAAGAAAUUGCAAAUGCAUGGAAAGAUAUCAACGAAGGGUUCAUGAAACCAACAGCUGUUCCCAUGCCUAUUCUCACUAGAGUUCUAAAUUUUUCUCGUGUGAUAGAUGUGAUAUAUAAGGACAUUGAUGGCUAUACAAACUCUCACAUUUUGAAGGACUAUAUUGUAUUACUGUUGGUGGAUCCUGUUAUUCUGUGAACGAGUUUUGAUUCCUAGAACUCCUUUUAACUUCAAAUAAAAUCUAUAUGGGUUGCUAUAUGGCUUGAAGGGAAUGUGUGGGACUAUUUUAUAUUUCAUUUGCAAUGGGUGGUUGUUUGUAAUACUUUUCAUUUAUUAAAAGUUUGCUAAUUAA